GCCAACCGGAAAGGGAGCGAGAGCGUGUGUUUGCGAGUGGCGCAUGCGCAUUCUUUUGCUUGGACUGAGGAGAAAACGUGAGGGGAGGAAAGUAGCAGUGGUUUGGGGUGUCUUGUUGCCCCAGCAACGCGCCUACUAGGGACGAUGGCGCAAGUUCUGAACCUCAACAAUGAGGUUGUAAAAAUGAGAAAAGAAGUUAAAAAGAUUCGAGUUCUGACAAUUCGCAAACUGACCAGACACAUUGCAAAACUAAAAUCAAAAAAGGGCACUGAAGAAGCAGUGUUGAAAAAUCACAAACGUGUACAGAGGUUACUGGAAGAAAUUCAAGCAAUGAAGGAAAUAAAACCGGAUCAAGUUACCAAAUUGGCACUUGGAAAAGAAAUUGAUUUUGAGAUUAUCUGCAAAAUGCCCAAUUGUACAGCAAAAGACAGAGCAAUUGCUCGAUUGUCAGCUCACCCACUACUGAAGAAAAAAAUUGCUGAUAUUAAAGCUGCUGUAAAAGCCUUUAAAGAUGCAAGACUGAAACCACCCAGAACUGUUUCUUCAGAAGAACAUAAAUCGGAAGAACAGUUUACCAAACAACCUGAGGAGACCCAACAUUCCAGCAAUAGGGAACAUAACAAAACAUUUAAGCAAGCUGAACACCAAGACAAAAUAAAGGUGAAAGAGAAGCCAAGAACUGUCAUGGGAAAGGAGCAAAUUAGCGUGUUAGAAGUACAGAAAAAAGCAGACACUGAGCAACAGUGUCCUGUGGAUGAUUUCCCGCUGCAAGAUGGAGAACAUCCUAAAUUAGCUCAUCAAGUUCAAACAGAUCAUACAAUCUGUCCAGAAGAAGAGAAGUGUUUGGGUGAUCUCCACAGCAGGGCAGCUGAAUCUGAUAGUGAUGAAAGUCAAAGUGAGGAAAGUGGAACUGAGAAGGAAUAUUUUGAUGACAGCACCGAAGAGAGGUUCUAUAAUCAGUCUUCUGGCUCCGAGGAGAGUGACAGUAAUGAUGACUUCUUCAUUGGGAAAGUAAAAAGAACAAAAAAGAGGGCAAUGGCUGAUACCUCCUUACCUAGAGAAGAGAAAAAAGGAAUUAUGUUAAAGAAGUCUGGUAUGGUACAGGACACAGACACAAAACACAGCUCUCAGAGGUCAAAAGCAGCAAAUCUCGAUUCUGUAUUUUGCUGUUCGUUGUCUAAUUCAGACAAAUCCAAAAAUGUGACAAGAACUUCUAGAAACAAUCUUCCCAGAAAUAAAUCUACUUUUGAAAAAAGUCAUCCACAGAAACACAAGCACAAAAGUUUAAGUAUGAGGCAAGAUACAGGGAAGAAACAAUUGGAGCAAGCCCUUCAUCCUUCAUGGGAGGCAAGCAGAAAACGUCGAGAACAAGUAUCUCAAAUUACAGCAUUCCAAGGCAAAAAAAUUGUAUUUGAAGACUGAUUUUUUUUUAAAAAAAAAGCUUUUAUAUUUAUAUGAUCCUAACAAUAUUGUGUGAAAGAUUAACUUCUUGUUUAUAAUUGAAGUAAAUACAUAAAGUGUCUAAACUGCAAACAAAA